AUGUCUUUAAUUAAAGUGAAAUUAUCAUUUAGUGGUGGAAUGGAAUUAUUGUUUAAUAAUAUUAAACAAAAGCAUAUAGAGAUAUCAUCAUCGAUCAAUCCACCAAAUGCAACUACCAUGAAAGAUUUGGUUUGUAAAUUUAAUUUCACUAUUUUGAUCAAAAUUUCAGAUAAUUUGUUAAAAGAACGUCCAGAACUAUUUAUGAGUGGAGACACUGUUCGUCCUGGAAUAUUAGUAUUAAUAAAUGAAACGGAUUGGGAAUUAGAAGGAGAAUUAGAAUAUGAAAUUAAAGAUGGUGAUGAUAUUGUCUUUAUAUCUACAUUACAUGGUGGAUAG